AUGCAAUCUAAAUUUUGGGCCCGGGGAGCAGAUAAUGACAGUGGUGACAAUGUAUCAGAUUCUUCAGAAAAUGAAGUUGACGAGAAGCCAUUAGUUUCUGCACAAGCAGAAAGAUGGGCAGUCAUGGAUAGUAGUAGCUCCGAAGAAGAAGAAAGAGUAAUAAAAAGUUCUGAAGGAAAGAGAUUACAUUUUUAUGAAACAAUUGAAGAUAAUUUAAAUGAUAGUAUGGAAAAUGAUGACUUCAAUCAACUAUUGAAAGAAUAUGAAAAUUUAUAUAAAUUUAUGGCUAAAGAUGGUUCUGAUCGUAUUCCUAAUUUUGUAAUAAUCUAUUUAGAUAAGCUAACAAAAUAUGUUGAUACUACAUUUCAAAAUAAUGUAGAAAAAAAAGAUUUAAGUAAAAAUAAAGCACAAACUUUAAAUAAGUUACGAGCUAAAAUUAGAAAAUGUAGUGAAUUAUAUCAAAAUAAAUUAAAUCAAUACCAUGAAAAUCCAGAUAAAUUUAAAGAAGAUUUAGAGAGACGUAAGAACGAUGAAGACGAUGAUGAUGACGAGGAUGACGAAGAAGAUGAAGAGGAGGAAGACGAUGAUGAAGAAGAAGAAGAAGAUAAAAAAGAUAAAAAGAAUAAAGACGAUGACGAUGAAGAAGAUGAUGAUGAUUGGUCAUAUAGUGAUGAUGCAGAAUAUGCGUCAGAUGAAGAAGAUGAUAAAACUAAGAAAGCUAUGAGUAAAUGGGGAUUAAAAACAAGUGAAAAAGUAGAAAGUAAAAAAAAAGUUGCUAAAGUAAAAAAAAGUAAAAAAGAAGGAACAAAAAAAAAAGAUGAAAAAGGUAGCCAUCCAGAUGAUAAUCAAUCAGCUAAAAAAAAAACAUAUGCAGAAUUAUUAAAUACAAAAAAUUUAUCGGAAGAUGUUAUAAGAAAUCGAGUAAAAUCUGUUAUAGAAAAAAGAGGAAGAAAAGGUUUAGAUAAACAUGAACAUAUAAAUAUAUUAUCAAAGUUAUGUGAAAUAGCUAAAACAAUAAGUACACAAUCAUAUAUAGAAGUAUUAGAGCAUUUAAUAAAUUUAGAGUUUGAUGUUGUUUCAAGUGUUUAUACAUAUAUGUCAUUUAAUGUAUGGAAUAAAACAUUUAAGUAUAUAGAACUUAUUUUAGAUUUGUUAAUACAAAAUGAUCAUUUUUAUUUAGUUUCAAUAAAUAUAACUGAAGAAAUUGUAGAAGCAACAGAUGAAACUAAUGAAAAGGAAAAAAUAAUAAAAUCGUGUAAAACAUUAAUUUCCUUUUUAGCCAAAUUAGAUGAUGAAUUAUUAAAAGCAUUGUUAUAUAUAGAUGUACAAACAGAAGAAUAUCGAAAAAGACUUGGAAAAACAGUUCAUAUGAUAUCUUUACUAUAUAAAGGAUAUAAAUAUGUAAAAUAUACAAAGAAUUUACCUGACUUGGCAAUAUAUAUUUCGACUAGAAUAUUAGAUCAUUUAUAUUACAAACCUGAGUUACCUUUUAAACAAAUUUGGGAAUUUGUAAAACAGGGAAAAGGAUCUGCUGAAAAGCAAGCUGAAGGAAAAGAAGGUGAUAAUCAAAAAAAAGAAGAAACUAAUGAAUCACCAGAUGUUGAUGAAUCUCCUAAAGAUGUUAUUGAAAAAUUUGUAUGCGAAGUAUUUGAACAUGGAACAAAACAACAAAAGUUACGAGCAUUAUUACAAUUAUCUUAUAAUAAAAGUUUAUAUGAUGAAUUUUUAGAAGCACGUGAAAUAUUAAAUGUUGGUAAUGUACAUGAAUUAGCAAUAAGUUCAGAUGUUCAAACACAAAUAUUAUAUAAUAGAAAUUUAAUACAAUUAGGAUUAUGUGCAUUUAGGCAUGGAAGAAUAUAUGAAGCUCAUUGUUGUCUUGUUGAAAUAUGUUCACAAAAUAAACAUAGAGAAUUAAUUGCUCAAGGUAUAUCUACUUUAAAAAAUCAAGAAAAAACAAUAGAACAAGAAAGAACAGAAAAAAGAAGAUUACUUUCUUUUCAUAUGCAUAUAUCAAUAGAAUUAAUUGAAUGUGUUAAUAAUAUUUGUGCUAUGUUAUUAGAAGUUCCAAAUCUAGCUAAACAUUCUUAUGAAUCUAAAAAAGAUAUUAUAUCAAGACAAUUUCGUAGAUUCUUAGAUAUUUAUGAUAAACAAAUAUUUAAUAGUCCUCCAGAAAAUAAUAGAGAAAUUAUUAUCUUAGCUACCAAAUAUUUACAAAAAGGAAACUGGAAAAUGUGUUGUGAAAAAAUUUUCAGUUUAUCUAUAUGGCCAAAAUUUACAGAUAAAGAAAAAGUACAAGAUAUACUUAAAGAAAAAAUUAAACAAGAAGCUAUGCGUACAUAUAUCUUCCGUUAUAUUUCAGUUUAUGACUCUUUUUCAAUUGAUCAAUUAUGUGUUAUGUUUGAUUUACCCCAAAAUACUGUUCAUUCUAUUUUAAGUAAAAUGAUGGUCAAUCAUGAAAUACCAGCUUGCUGGAAUGAAAGCAGUAAAUAUAUACUCAUAAACAAAGUAAACCCCACACCAUUACAAACCAUGGCCCUUAAAUUGGCUGAAAAUAUUAAUGAAGUUAUGGAACAAAAUGAGCUUGCAUUGAACAUGAAAAAUCCAAAGUUCAUGCUCAUGCAAGAAAGAAAAACUCAGAUGAAGGAUGACAAGUCAAAUUGGAACCACAAAAAGGGAGACGGAAAAUAUGGAAAAAAUUACAAUCGUAACAAAAAUCAAAACUACAAAAAAAAUUAUAAGGAUAAAAAUAUGAACAAAAAUUUUGUGCAACAUUAA